UAUGUAGCUCUGGCUGUAGACCAGGCUAACUUCAAACUCACUGAGAUCCACCUGCCUACCAAGUGCUGGGAUUAAAAGCUUGUGCCACUACACCCAGCUUUCAACUUGAUUUAUUUUUAUCUCAACUUUAUCUCUGUAUUUUAUACAGAUACUACUACUGUGUACCUAUAGUAUAAAUUACUAUUUAUUAAAGUUUCAGAUGUUUUUAUUUAAAGGUUCUCAAAAGAAGUAAAAUGGAAAAAGCUAACAACCUGAUCAAAUGUACAGCCUUUUGGCAUCUAACAAGUCCUAGGAAGGGAACUGCAGUCAUCUUGACCCAGGAAAUCAGUCACCUGGCAAGUCCACAGCACUAGUAGAAUGAAAUUAUUAGCUCUUGAUCAUAUGGAUCACUAUGACAAUUUUUUAAAAUCUGUACAAAAGGUCUUUGUAAAUUUUUUUAGAAUUUAAUGGCUGUCUUUUAAAGUUUAUGUAUAGACUUUUUAAUUUUAUAUACAGAGGCUAUAUUUCCCAAAUUUGACCCAGAUGAGUCUGGUACUCAGUUCAGAUGUACCUAACAGCAGAUUUUCCCCUUUCUUUUUGACUGAGCUACCAACUUUCUGUCUUAACUAAUGCAAAAAAUACCAAGUAGUGAGAGAUCCAGGUUGGUAAAUGUGCCAGGUACACGGAUGAUGCUGCAUUCAGUCUGGACUUCCACAAAGCAGAAUGUUUUAUGAUGUGUAGACCCAAUAAUACCAUAGUUUCUUGAAAAAAAGAAAAAAACAAAAACUCAUUUAUCUUAUGACUAUGUACUUUUCACUAGGAUCUACACUUCUCAGCAGCAACGACAUUUGAAACUGAAAUGUCACUGACAUCUAUCAAAUAAGCAAUAAAAUUUAAGAACUAAAAAAUACUCAAAUAACUGCUUAGCCCUAGCUCCUGAACUGGGGGUGGGGGGGUUUGGUUGGUGGAAACAGGGAGGGCCAGCCACCUGUCCCAGCACAAAAGAAAAAUAGCCCCGAGGUGGGCAACUGAUCAUACAGGGCUGACCAGACAAGUGCACAGUCUUGGGAGACAAUUUAUCGUUACUUUUAGAACUUACACAAUUGCCUUAAUACAAGAGCAUUAACAACAGUGAAUUAUCUCAUAUGUACUAAAGCAGAAAUAACUAUGAGUCAGGAAUUUCAUAGUCUCAAGGUUGGUUUUCUUUACACUUGAACACCUGUAGUGAUGAUGUUAAUAAAGUGUGGCACUGCUUGAAUUCAAAUCUUCCUUUUUUUUUUUUGUCUGUGUAUCCAUACAUCAAAAAUUAUAAAUCCUCUUGGACGAUGACAUGAGAUUGUAAGCCAAGUGACACCUUUCCUCUCAUAAGUUGCUUUUGGUCAAAGUGUUUUUUAUCAACAGAAAUGGAACUCCGGGCAACCCGUUAAGAACAGAUUCUAACGUCAGCCAAUGCAAGCUCAUUGGCAUUUGUGAAUAUGUCACCCCCGUCAGUGGAGACUAACACAUUCAAGGGCUUCUGCCUCAUUCACCAAGAUAAACACUCUGCUGCAUCGUGAGAAGGAUCUUCAGAAAUUGAAAAGUAUAUUCUUGAACCACAAUGGAGUUAAAUGAGAAAUAAAGGGAUUUGGAACCCACCCCACCCCCCAAAAAACCUUCGGAAUUAAGCAGCACACUUCUAAACAACUUUUGAUAAAGAUAAGGCAAGAAUAGGGUUGAUGACAUUACUCAUGUAGGGCUAUUUCUAGAUUAUGACUUUGGGAAGGUAGACUUUGGUGAUACGGCCAAUAGUUCUCCGUUUUAUAGUCUUCUCUUCCCUUCUCAGUUCUUUGAUUUGUAUCUACCUGAUCAUAUGAUCACAUGUACCAACAAUGUCAGUACCCAAGAAAACUAGUGUCUAUUUGAUUGGCUUUAAUUUCUGUUUGUGCACAACUUAAUGUUUCUGCUUUUUCUUAAGGUACUGAUAAUUAAUGUUAGAAAUUUGUCUCAGUUUUGUUAGAGAUACUCUGUUUUUAUAAAAAGAUUUGGGCACUGGGGAUAUGGCUCAGAAGGUAAAAUUACUAGAAACAAGCCUGACACCUGGAUUUUAUCCCCAGAACCCAGGUAAAAAGACAGAUGCCGCAGCAUCUGUCUGUCAUCCCAGCACCCUUAACAGCAAAAUGGGAGGCAGGAGAACCAGCCACCCUGAAACUUGAACCAGUUAACCUGAAUAUGCAGCACAGUAGCAGAAGCAGACCGUGUCUCAAAGUGGAAGGUUCUGGGAACCCCGCUGGCCUGUGGUCCCGUGGAGUCAGGAAAUGACAGGGUAACCUCGUAGACACGUGUCAUAGGAAGAGCAGUCACAGACGACAGCCAAGCCAAGUCGCCAUUGUGGCCUGUGGACUUCACAUAGUGUGGCCAGCAUGCCCCUCCCAUGCCCUGUUCUGGCCGCUUCUAGAAGGUACUGUCAGGUCUGGCCUUGGGGGUCUUGGUACACGCUUUCCUUCCUGUCUAGGCUGCCUUCUAGGAGGUCAUCCUCCUGCCUUCACAGUCCAUGGACCUCGUCUAUGUUAUCGACGCUCUCAAUCCCUCUGUGGUUAGAGGUGCUUGCCUACAUACUCUGUAUGCAUCUGGUUUCUGUGUGUAUCACCAGGCCCAGGUUGGUCUAGAGUUGUCUGGUGGGGAGGGAGGGUGGCUGAGGACUAGAGGGAGAAGGGUGUUAGCCUUGUGGUGCUGUCUCUUUAAGGGUAUCGACAUCACAAGGCUGUGGAACCAGGCAGCGUGGAACUCCGUGGUCUUAGGUUGUUUCUGUGGGGUCUGUGGGCUUUGUAUUUCCAUCUCCAUGGGGCCACAGGCCCACAUGUGAGCACUUUAGGACACUAUGGCAGAGGGUAGCGAGCUGAUGAACAGGCUCAUGAGCGAGAACGCGGACCUGAAGAAGCAGGUGCGCCUCCUGAAGGAGAACCAGAUGCUGAAGAGGCUGCUCAAUGAGAGUUGCCAGGACAGCUGUGGCCGAGGGAGCCGGGACUUGCUCUUUCCCAAGGCCCCUACCUACCCUGAGGCCUGCUCCCCCGGGAAUGGAGGUCCAGAUUUUGGAAGGUUUGCCAGUGUCCCUGAUACAGCCUCUCAGCUACAGACAUCUUCCCUAGAGGACCUGCUAUGCUCACACGCCCCGCUCUCCAGUGAGGAUGAGGCCUCCCCAGGAUGUGCAUCCACCUCCCAGGUGCCUUUCAAGGCCUUCCUCAAUCCGCCAGAACUACAAACACGACUGGUCGACCGGAAGCUGUCUCCACUCCUGAGUCCCAUGCAGGAUUCCCUGGCUGACAAAACCCUGCUUGAGACCAGGGAAAUGGUGCGGCCUAAGAAGGUGUGCUUCUCGGAGAGUAACCUGCCCACUGGGGAUAGGAGCAGGCGGACCUAUUACCUCAAUGAAAUUCAGAGUUUUGCGGGUGCGGAGAAGGAUGGCCGCAUCGUCGGGGAGAUCGCGUUCCAGCUUGACCGGCGUAUCCUGGCCUAUGUGUUUCCGGGGGUGACUCGCCUCUACGGCUUCACAGUAUCCAACAUCCCUGAGAAGAUCAAGCAGACAUCUAUCAAGUCCCUAGAUGGCUCCGUGGAUGAGAAGAAGCUGCGUGAGCUGACGCAUCGUUAUCUGACCCUGACCGCACGCCUGGAGAAGCUGGGCUACAGCCGCGAAGUGCACCCGGUGUUCAGUGAGUUUCUCAUCAAUACCUACGGCAUCCUGAAGCAGCGUCCAGACCUGCGGGCCAACCCGCUGCACAGCAGCCCAGCCGCGCUGCGCAAGCUGGUCAUUGACAUUGUGCCGCCCAAGUUCCUGGGUGACUCCCUGCUGCUGCUGAACUGCCUGUGUGAACUCUCCAAGGAAGACAGCAAGCCACUCUUCGCCUGGUGAGCCGCUCGCCUCACCCUUCCUGCAAUAAACGUGUUUGUUCCAAACCCGGGGGCCACCCGCGUCCUCCCGCACGGAAAGCUGUCUGCCCAGCUACAGUGGGGAGAAGCCUCCUCCACGCCUGCGCUUGCCCUGGGCACCCAGCUACUCGGGCCGCUCACAGUUGCCGGGCACCUGUUGCCUUAUUAAAAGCUUAUUUAUUUGUUUGCCUUA